AGCUAAAAGUGUGAAGUGAAUAAACCCUAACUGCUCAAGACAAGAAGAUUCAAAUAGGGUGGCAACCACGUCUGAGGAUCAGAGCCAUUUUGGGGAGCCAGAGCCUGUGACCUCUCCAUCUCUACUCAGCUGGUACCAGGGAGUCUCAGCUACCACCUCAGCAGAUGAUAUAAGAGCGACUUGGCAUUUUGGGAGUGCUCUGGAGAGCCUUUCCCUGAGAUAUGGAGCUUUGGGGCCGAUUGCUGUGGGCCCUCCUGACUGGCCCAGGGAGAAGGGCAGGCAUCCCGGGCUGGAUCUCCAGCUCAUGGCAACCCCAUCGACCUCUGGCUGGACUGUCGAGUGCCACAGAACUGGUCAGCCACUGGACAGGAGUCUUUGAGAAGAGAGGUAUCCCUGAGGCCCGGGUAUCCAGUGAGUACAUCGUGGCUCAUGUCCUUGGAGCCAAAACAUUUCAGAGCCUGAGGCCAAUACUUCGAACCCAGCCUUUGACCCCUCAGCAACUACAGUGCAUCCAGGAGCUGAGUAGUCGCCGAUUACAGAGGAUGCCUGUGCAGUACAUUCUUGGGGAGUGGGACUUUCACGGACUCAGUCUGAAAAUGGUGCCUCCGGUGUUCAUUCCUCGGCCAGAGACAGAGGAGCUGGUUGAAUGGGUGCUGGAGGAGGUGGCCCAGCGGUCACAUGUGGUGGGAGCACGCGGUGGCCCUCUCAUUCUGGAGGUAGGCUGUGGAUCAGGAGCCAUUGCCCUCAGCCUGCUGAGUGAGCUUCCCCAGAGCCGAGUCAUUGCUGUGGAUAAGGGGGAGGCCGCCAUCUCUCUGACUCGUGAGAAUGCUCAGAGGCUUCGGUUGCAGGACAGGAUUUGGAUCGUCCACAUUGAUGUGACCUUAGAAAGGAGCUGGACACACCUUCUAUCCUGGGGCCCCAUGGACCUGGUCAUCAGCAACCCUCCCUACAUCUUCCACCAGGACAUGGAGCAGCUAGCCCCUGAGAUCUGCAGCUAUGAAGACCCAGCAGCCCUGGACGGUGGGGAGGAGGGCAUGGACAUCAUUAUCCACAUCCUGGCUCUGGCACCCCAGCUUCUGAAGGACUCUGGAAGUAUCUUCUUGGAAGUGGACCCAAGGCACCCAGAGCUUGUCAGCAGCUGGCUUCAGAGCCGGCCUGACCUGAACCUCAGUCUUGUGGCUGUGCGCAGGGACUUCUGUGGCAGGUCCCGGUUCCUGCAUAUCCAGAGAUUUGGGCCUUAGCAUGGUUACCCUGUGGAUGCCUGGUCAGGGAAGUGGAUGGCACUUUCUAGAACCUAGGUGCUUUACAGCAUUUCCCAUGGUUCCGUGGUUUCCCCAGUGCUCUACAUUUCUAGGACACUUAGGAGUAGAAACAGGGAAGGGUGUGUCCUCUGGAACAACAAAGAGCAACUACAGUGUGGCUCAGGAGCUGGACAGACCCAGGUUCCUGAUCUGGCUCCACUACAUCAGUGUGGCCAAGGGCAGGCUGUUCAGUGUCUCUGUCAGUGAAAUUGCUGUGGGGGUGGUGGGAGAUAUGGCCAGUAAAAUAUUGAGACUGACAAAUGG